UUUCAGUGAUAUGAGAUGAGAGGGCAUGAACCAUCCCACCAUUUUCACAUUUCGGGGCAAUUCGAAGUUCCAGUAUCCAUGCAAAUCCAUCAUCCUCGAAGUCAAUAAUUUAUUUCAUUACAUGGAUUCCCUUUCCUAUAGAAUAAUUGUUCAUCUCGUGUCACUAUCUCCUACUAUGUAUAAAUUAAGGCUUCCCAGUUUCUAUUAUCUAAUUCUUCUUGGUUGCGCAGUUUUAGGAUCUGCAACUUCUCCAUUUCCUUUUGCUAGUUCCUUCUCCCUCCUUUUUCUGUAACUGUUCGAUUCUGUUUUGGAUUGAGAAGAGGAACCAGGAGGGUUUGAAACCCAUUACUUAUAUUAAGAAUAGAGUUGUAAAACUGGUAAGUUGUAAUGGAUUCUGCAACCUUGGGGAUGAUAGCUUCUUCGUCUUGCUUCUCCAUAAUACCCAACCAUAAAUCGUCUCCUUUCAGGACUUACAGGCACUUGCAGGACAAGAUAUCAUUCCGCAGAUCCCUGCGGCUUAAAGUUAAAUGCGUUCAUACCCCCAAUCCCAUUUCAUCUUCUUCCUCGUCCUCUUCUCCUCUCAAGUUCGAUGCUAAUACUCAAAACCCUAGUUCAUCUGUUUCCUGCUCCGCUGUGACAGAGGCUUCGUUGGGAACCUCUGAGCUUGCCGUCCACAAGCUUCAACGUCUUGUUUCAGAGUUUCAAUCUCUACCCGAGCCCAUUGAUCGCGUCAAACGUCUCUUGCAUUAUGCGACGCUUCUCCCUCUGUUUCACGAGUCUCGGCGUUUACCGACCAAUCGAGUUAUGGGAUGCACUGCUCAGGUGUGGCUGGACGCCAGUUUGGAUGAGUGUGGGAGGAUGAGGUUCUCUGCGGAUAGUGAUUCAGAGAUCACCAAAGGGUUCUGCUCUUGCUUGAUUUGGGUUCUCGAUGGGGCAUUCCCGGAGGAAGUACUGGGUAUGAAGACAGAGGAUUUGGCUGCCCUCAAUGUUGGGCUGCCUGGUCGUGCUCAUUCAAGGGUGAAUACGUGGCAUAACGUAUUGAUCAGCAUGCAGAAGAGGACCAAAGCUCUUGUUGCCGAGAGGGAGGGUAAGCCUACUCUGGAUCCUUUCCCAUCUCUGGUUAUCACCCAGGACGGUAUCCGGGCCAAAGGAAGCUAUGCUGAAGCUCAGGCGAAGUUUUUGUUCCCUGAUGAGUUAAAGAUUAAAGAACUCGUCAAUGUGCUAAAGGAGAAGAAAAUUGGUGUGGUUGCCCAUUUUUACAUGGACCCGGAGGUUCAAGGUGUCCUGACUGCUGCACAGAGGCAGUGGCCUCACAUCCAUAUAUCUGAUUCAUUGGUUAUGGCAGAUAUGGCUGUUAAGAUGGCUGAAGCUGGAUGCCAGUUUAUCACAGUGCUUGGUGUAGACUUCAUGUCAGAAAAUGUGCGUGCAAUCCUUGAUCAGGCUGGCUUUAGAGAGGUUGGUGUGUAUAGAAUGUCAAAUGAACGCAUUGGUUGCUCUUUGGCUGAUGCUGCAGCUAAUCCUGCUUAUAUGAGUUUUCUUAACUUAGCAUCUACAGCACCUCCUUCUUUGCAUGUUAUCUACAUUAACACCUCACUGGAGACAAAAGCUCAAGCCCAUGAACUUGUGCCAACGAUUACCUGCACUUCUUCAAAUGUUGUGCAAACUAUUCUGCAGGCAUUUGCUCAGAUACCAAAUUUACAUAUAUGGUAUGGUCCUGAUUCCUACAUGGGUGCAAACAUUGCAGAAUUGUUUCGGCAGAUGGCGAGCAUGACAAAUGAAGAGAUUGCUGAGAUACAUCCGGAGCAUGAUAGAAACUCCAUAAGAUCAUUGUUGUCUCACCUGCACUAUUACCAGGAUGGGACAUGCAUUGUACAUGACCUAUUUGGACAUGAAAUCGUGGAGAAAAUACAGGAAAUGUACUGUGAUGCAUUCCUAACAGCUCAUUUUGAAGUCCCAGGGGAAAUGUUUUCCCUGGCAAUGGAAGCAAAGAGAAGAGGAAUGGGAGUGGUUGGUUCCACCCAAAAUAUAUUAGAUUUCAUCAAACUAAGGGUCCAAGAGGCUUUGCACAGAAAUGUUGAUGAAAACCUUCAGUUUGUGUUAGGAACAGAAUCAGGGAUGAUUACUUCAAUUGUUGCAUCUGUACGCAAACUAUUAUGUUCUGUUGAUUCCCCUGGGAGGGCGAAACUUAACAUUGAGAUCGUCUUUCCAGUCUCAACAGACUCGUUGUCAAGAACAUCAAAAGAUCCACCAGCAGGCCUUAAUGCUGCUGACAUGAAUAACUUAGCUGAUCUCUCGGUUAUUCCUGGAGUAACAAGUGGAGAGGGAUGCUCCAUUCAUGGAGGCUGUGCUUCUUGUCCAUACAUGAAGAUGAAUUCUCUCAGUUCACUGUUAAGAGUAUGCCACCAGCUACCUGAUGAUAAAAAUGCAAUUUCACCCUAUGAAGCUGGACGAUUCAACUCAAGAACCCUACUUGGAAAAUCAGUUGCAGAAGUUGGAUGUGAGCCAAUUUUGCACAUGAGACACUUCCAGGCAACAAGAAAAUUGCCAGAAAAGCUUGUUCAUCAGAUCGUACAUCCAUCGGGAAAUGGGUUGCUACCAUGCUAACGGUUCAAAUAAGUUUUCAGAAUACUGAAAGUUUCAGUUCCUGAUGUUUUCAACUUCUGAUGCACGCAAAGGCAAGGAGCACUGACCUGGGUUAUGGAGUUGAGAGGAUCUUUGCCCAUCAAGCAAAGUUAAUUCAGAAUAUUUCUUUUGUUCGUUUAGCUUCCAAUAAAUAUGUUAUAUCCUCGGAUUUUCAUUUCUUUAUUUCUUCUUUUGAAAGAGGGGGGUUGUUUGAAGGAACCAGGGUUGGAUGGUUGCCUUCUGCCCUAUAUGCUUUUUCUUUAGAUUGCCCCUCAAAUUAUAGUGUUACACAUAAUUUUAGAAGAUAAUUUAUUGGUUUCUGCACAAAGGGAUAGAACAAAAUUGAUCUUUUUAAUUCCAAAUGCUAGGUUGUUCUUGAUCGGCUCGAUUAUGAAGUUUUGUUUUGUUU